CAGAGCCUUCGUGUUUAUAAAGGGUGAGCAGAGCAGAGCCUCCGUGUUUAUUAGCACGAUGUGCACUCACAGAUACACGACUCUUCAUACGGCCAGCUCUCUAAACUACCUCGUAUUCAUUCUGGCAUAUGGCUCCAGAGCUUCAUCUGUCAAACUCUUGUAAUAUUGAAGAGAUAUAACUCUUCUUUUCUGUGUUUUUCACUUUAUUUGCUUAUUGACUAACUAACGAACUAAACUGCUGAACCGACAGAAAUGAAGGGAAGUAGUUUGGUAAUUAAAUUAAAUCCAGUUUAUUAUCCUCGGGUUGACGCAUCGAUGUUUUUAUAUUCGUGGAGAAGCUGCACAUGUUUUUAAACUCUGUUUUCUGCUGCUUGUUUUAUUAUUAUUAUUAUUAUAUGCUCCUUAUGACACAAUAAUAAUUAGCAUCCACUGUUUUAUUAUUUUUAUUUAUUUUUCAUUACCAAAGAAAUCCCCCAGAAUGCAAAGCAGCCUUUGUUCUCUUUAUUGCUGAUGUGGAGGGAUCGUAUGUCAGCGUCAUCACAUGUUUGGUGAGAUCGCCCCCUGGUGGUGAAUGAAGGGAAACACAUAACGGUGUGUUUGUGUUGCUGCUGCAGCUACAGGAGGGUUCCAGGAGACAGCUGCAGAGGAGGAGACGUGGAGUCCAGGCUGGAUGGAGAGAUGCUGCCGUGUCCGGUCGGAGAGAGCAACGAGUUCAUCCUGUACGCGGUGAGGAACUCCAUCCACCGCUACGACCUGGCCACCGGCACCGACCAGGCGCUGCCUCUGGCCGGCCUCCGGGAGGCCGUGGCUCUGGACUUCGACUACGACAGGAACUGCCUGUACUGGGCCGACAUCUCGCUGGACACCAUACAGCGUCUGUGUCUGAACGGCAGCACGGGUCAGGAGGUCGUGGUGAGGAAAGAUCUGCAGAACGUGGAGGCUCUGACCUUUGACCCCAUCAGCAGGCUGCUCUACUGGGUCGACGCCGGAGCGCAGAAGAUCGAGGUACAGAGAGCGUCUGAAUGUGCUUCAACUGAUCCAGACUCACGUUGUUAUGAGACUGCUUCAUUUUAGACAGUCAACACUCAUAAACAUUAUGAGUGUUGACUAACGUUGUGUUCCACACGGUCACUUAUUCAUGUCAUGCAGUGAAUGCAGUUAGACAUUAAGGCAAAACACCUUUUAAGAUAUCAAAGGUUGUGGUCACAUCUGUCUUUUGUGAGCAGAUGUUCCAGAUGUGUCCUCACUUCUAUUUUUCGUGGUCAAAGGAGCGGCUGUAAAACGGGAUCAACACAUUUCAUUUAAAAAAUCUUCACAGUAAAAGUCCCCCGUUAUUUGUGCUGCUUCGUCUUCCUCCCUGCACUUUUAUUUCACUUGUUUC